AAUCGUUUCCUAUACCAUAACACAACAGUACCAGCCUAAAAACAAACAAAGAACUGUUCUUACUUUCUAGAAUUAUUUUUCUCUCUUAUACCUCUUUUUUUCAUACUUCUAUACUCUGUUAUAAUUGAACCAAUGGCUAUUCCAGUUAUUGAUUUUUCAAAGCUUAAUGGAGACGAGAGAGCCAAGACUCUUGCUCAGAUUGCCACUUGCUGUGAAGAAUGGGGAUUCUUUCAGUUGGUGAAUCAUGGGAUUCCUGUGGAACUCCUUGAGAAGGUGAAGAGAGUUUCCUCAGAGAGCUUCAAGAAGGAAAGAGAAGAGAAGUUCAACAAGUCAACAGCAGAGAAAUUCCUGAAUGAGCUGGAGAAGAAUAAGAGCAAUGGCAAAGUUGAAAAUGUUGACUGGGAAGAUGUAUUCCUUCUCACUGAUGAUAAUGAAUGGCCCUCCCAUGUUCCUCAAUUCAGGGAAACAAUGAAAGAGUAUCGAUCAGAACUGAAGAAUCUAGCAGAGAGAGUGAUGGAAGUAAUGGACGAGAACUUAGGUUUACAAAAAGGUUACAUCAAAAAAGCCUUCAAUAACAUUGGAGAAGAAGCUGAAGAAGGAUCAGAAAACGCAUUUUUCGGGACUAAAGUCAGUCACUAUCCACCAUGCCCAAAUCCCGAAAUGGUGAACGGACUAAGAGCACACACUGAUGCUGGUGGUGUCAUUUUGCUCUUUCAAGAUGAUCAAGUGGAUGGCCUUCAAAUCCUCAAAGACGGUGUUUGGAUCGAUGUUCAGCCAAUCCAAAACGCCAUUGUUAUAAAUACGGGUGACCAAAUUGAGGUCCUUAGUAACGGGAAAUAUAAGAGUAUUUGGCAUCGUGUUUUAGCUAAGGAAAAUGGGAAUAGGAGGUCAAUUGCUUCUUUUUACAAUCCUUCCUAUAAAGCUACUAUUGCUCCAGCACCUCAGCUAAUUGUGGAGAAUCAUAAUAAGGAAGACAAUAAGGUGGAGUUAAUUAGUAAUUAUCCAGCUUUUGUGUUUGGUGAUUACAUGAAUGUUUAUACUGAGCAGAAGUUUCUACCCAAAGAGCCAAGAUUCCAAGCUGUUAGAGCCAUGUGAUGAUGAUGAAGAAGGAGACAAUUAAUUAUUCUAUUUUAGCUUAAUUUUUUACUCUUAUUUUUUCUUUGUAAGGUGUGAAGUCAAUAGCUUUAUUUUUUCUCCUUUGUUUGGUUCGGGGGAAUUACUAUACCUGGCUUGUUAAUCUUCAAUAUGGCAGUGCACAAUAUUGUGUCUGUUUUCUUGGAA